GUUUUGCUGUAGUGUCUGUGUUGAACAUGUUUCUUGAAACGGUGUGCAGCGAUCUUUGUUGCAUGUGUUCUCCUGUUUGAGGUGCGUGUCAGAGGUGUCACCCAAUCAGCAGCCAUGUUUUUAACCCCACUUCAUUUUUUAAAGUCAUUUUGUUUGCGGCCACUUCUGACUGCAAAUAAUAUUUUCCACAUUGUCUGAGAGGUUAAUGUUUGGUAAUGGAUAAAGUUUUUCAGACGUUUUUCUAAAUGUAGGUGUACUGCAAAAUGAUUGACUACCUUAUGGUUGAGAAAAUUACAUGUAUUUUUUUAUAUUAUGUAACCAGUUAGUCUUUUCCAAAAACGUUAAAGUCAUACAACAUAAAAAUAAGACAGGUGAAAACAUUACAGUCAUUGAGAUGUUCCAGUUCAUGUUAGGUCUCUAAAAUGCCAAGGCAGCACUGCACUCUGCUGUAUGAGUCUGUUCAGAGAGUAUUUCUCAAUGAUGACCUUUGAUUUGGAUGUUGCACAAUAUUAACUGUAAAGCUUGUCAGUCACACAACAAUAAAACAUAAAGAUCUGCUGCUGACUGAGCCAGGAGCUGUAUAGACUGUUAAUCUACUGUACAACACCUUUCAAAUCGAUCCUAGCUUCACCUCAGCAAUGAUGCUGCUGAAGCUGGUGACACUGGUUACACUGCUCUGCUCUGUUCCCAGUGCCAAUGGAGGGAAAAUCCUUGUUUUUCCGGUGGAGGGAAGCCAUUGGGUCAACAUGGAUAUCCUCAUCCAAGAGCUCCAUUCCAGAGGUCACAACAUCACAGUGAUCAAGCCCAAAACCAGCUGGUACAUCAAAGAAGGGUCUGAUCACUACCAGUCAAUCACCCUUGACAUUGUUGCUGGAUUUAAUGCAGAUAACAUGAAUUAUUUCAUGACAAGAAUGCUGCAGCUCCGGCGCCAGUACCACAAUUCAACUUUGGCUUAUGUCAAAGCUGGAGAGGAGUUCAUGACAAUGAUGCAACAUGGUCACAAAGCAGUGGUUGAUAAGAUGCAGAAGAUAUUUGAAGAUGCUAAACUGAUGCAGUUCCUUGAAGAGGCCAAGUAUGAUGUUGUUCUGACAGACCCCUGCUUCGGUGGAGGGAUUCUUCUGGCUCAUCGGUUGGGUCUGCCUCUGGUCCUCAAUGUACGGUGGACAAUCAUGGAAGAUGGACACAGCACAGUUGCCCCCUCACCACUCUCAUAUGUUCCCAUACCAGGCAGUGAACUGACUGAUAAGAUGACUUUUUGGCAAAGGGUGACAAAUGUUUUGUUUGCAUUAGCAGUACUUAAUAACCGGGUGACAAUAAAAGAGCAUCACUACACACCAUUUGUCCACCGUCACUUUGGUCCUGAUGUCCACUAUGAUGAUCUCGUUCAGGCAGCAGAUAUUUGGCUGAUGAGAACAGACUUUACCUUUGAGUUCCCUCGUCCCACUAUGCCCAAUGUUAUCUACAUGGGCGGGUUUCAGUGUAAACCCUCCAAGCCUCUUCCUCAACAUUUGGAGGACUUUGUCCAGAGCUCUGCAGAACAUGGAGUUGUUAUUAUGAGCCUGGGGACUUUGGUGGGGAAUCUCCCUGAGGAUAUAGCAGAACAUGUGGCUUCUGCUUUUGCCCAGUUGCCACAGAGAGUCAUCUGGAGGCACACUGGGAAGAGACCAUCCACUCUGGGCAACAACACCUUGCUGCUGGACUGGCUGCCCCAAAAUGAUCUCCUAGGACAUCCAAAGACCAGAGUGUUUGUGGCCCACGGAGGCACCAAUGGACUUCAAGAGGCCAUCUACCAUGGAGUUCCCAUUGUUGGUCUUCCUCUGAUGUUUGACCAGGAUGAUAACCUGUUCAGGAUGAGAGCGAGGGGUGUUGCCAAAGUUCUGGGCAUUGGCACAUUGAACAAAGACAACUUCCUGGAGUCACUAAAGGCAGUGCUUUAUGAGCCAUCCUACAGAGAGAACAUGCAAAAGCUCUCCAGGCUGCACAGAGACCAGCCCAUGAAGCCUCUGGACCGAGCCAUGUUCUGGAUCGAGUUUGUCAUGAGACAUAAGGGAGCUGCACACUUAAAGACCGACUCCUACAAGAUGUCCUGGAUUCAGUACCACUCCAUUGAUGUCAUCGCACUGCUGCUUGUACUGGUCAUAGUGAUGACACUCAUCUGUAUUUUAACAGUGAAAUGUUUGUGGCGUAAAGUGUUUGGUGGGAGAAAAGAAAAAAAUGAGUAAUAUCAGAGUCUACUUUAUUAAAGCCUGGCUCAUCAUUGGACAACUGAGUAGAGUAUUUCUCCAACACCAGCACGAAAGGAAACAACAGGAGAUGUAGAGAAGACAGAAUGAAGAAAAUGGCAAAAUCCCAAAAAAACAAACAAAAUUACAUGUAUAAAUUUUUGUACUAAUCUGUAAUGAACAAUUGAGUUUUGAUGAUGAUGAUACAAAGAAAUAAAUGUCUGUCUCCGAAGAGCGGAAAA